CGACUCACGAGUGUUGGCAGGUAUUCUAGCAGACCAGCACAAUCCCCAUGACAUUGGGCUGUAGUCCGUCGUUUCUUCGUCUCUUUGUACACUUUCAGCUAUCAGAGUGAUUCCAGUAGUUUCCGACGUAGCGGUCAUUUGGUUUUGGGGAAAAGAGCACCAACAGUCGCAGGCACGUUUGAAUCUGUUGCUUGCCUUGCAGUACUGUACCGACUCAACCUUCCGCACCGCCAUGCCCAUUCCGAUGGAUGUGGACCCCGUCGACGAUGACCCUCGUCCCUCUUCAUCUCCUUUGUCGUCCCCUCUUCUGUUGCGGACAGUGGUUCCUAUCACCCGGGAAGAAGAGGCUCGACAAGCGAUUGAACUACUGCGAGGAAACGACAUGGCCGAACGGGUGGCGGCAGCGCACCGCUUGGAUGCCGUUGCAGCUAUUUUAGGCGAGGAGCGCACACGAAACGAAUUGUUACCGUUUCUGAGUGAUGCUGUGGAUGAUGAAGAUGAAGUGCUGUUAGCAAUGGCACAAGCACUGGGUCGCAUGAUAGAUCUUGUUGGCGGGCCAACGCACGCCGAAAGCUUGUUUCUACCUCUGGAACUCCUUCUGAGCGUCGAAGAAACGACGGUGCGCCAGGCCGCCGCCGAAAGUACACUCUUUAUUGCGUCGCAACUUUCCGAGUCCGACUACCAAUCCUGUUACGCAAAAAUGAUCGCACGUUUGGCUACGCAAGAAUGGUUCACCGCCCGUAUUUCUGCCGUGGGCCUCUUGUCACAGGCCUACACCAGUCUGCGUGUCGAACAACAGAAAGAACAUUUGGAAUUUUAUGCGAAUCUCGCAAAGGACGAUACUCCCAUGGUCCGUCGAGUAGCGGCACAAUACUUGGGACAAAUGGUACAAAAUGUGGUCCGAGCUACAGGAAGGAGCUCUUUGUCGGAGACCGGAAGUGUCGUAACAACUCUCUUGCCCAUAUUUGAAGAGUUCUCUUCGAACGAACAGCCCGAUUCCGUUCGACUGCAAACCACCGAGAACUGUGUGGCGUUCGGACAGGUACUGAGUGAGGUGGACGGUGAUUUAAACGAAUCCGAGCAAGGAUUACUGAAAAAAGUAUUGCCUUUGAUACUUGCAACGAUUGACGAUCGGUCCUGGCGAGUCCGAUGGACGACGGCUGCCAAAUUCUCAGAAGUAAUUUCCGCCUAUGGUCGACUCCCCGAUGUCAUGGAUUCCCUGGUACAAGGCUAUGAAAAGCUCUUGCAAGAUCCAGAGGCUGAAGUGCGAACAGCUGCUACUUUCAACUUAGCUCACGUCGCAAAGGGCGAUGCUCAAGUCCUCGUUCCGCCUCAACACCCAGAGCGCCUGGUAAAGCGAGUAACAAGUCUAACGGAAGACGAAAGCGAACAUGUCCGCGCAGCGCUUGCCAUGGUGGCGACUGAGCUAGCUCCGAUUUUGGGUCGCGAAGGUACCAUUACAUUUCUUGUUCCCCCUGUUCUCUUAUUGCUUCGUGACGCAGCUUCGGAGGUUCGAUUGAAUCUUAUUUCCUCGCUGUCAGCUUUAAAUGAAGUGAUCGGUGUCGAUCUACUAUCGCAGUCACUACUACCAGCCAUUCUCGAUUUAGCCCAAGAUGGCAAGUGGAGAAUCCGUAUGGCAAUUAUCCAACUUAUACCUCUGCUCGCCAAGCAGCUAGGACAAGAAUUUGUGAGCGAGAAGCUUGCUUCUCUCUGCGUUGAAUGGCUCGGUGAUGAUAUUGCAACUAUUCGGCAAGCGGCAGCUAGCAAUAUCAAGGACUUGACUGCCUUGUUUGGCACAACUUGGGCAACUGAGUUUCUUCUUCCAUCGAUCGUGGACAUUCGAGAAAACGAAUCUUACCUUAGACGAUUAACGGCGCUUCAGGCAUGUUCGAUGAUGGCAACCGAAAUGGAUUCUGAUUCGGCACGGAUAGAAAUAUUGCCUCUCAUUCUUGAGAUGGCAACAGACCUUGUACCAAACAUCAGAUUUAAUGUGGCAAAGGAACUGCAAUCCAUGGCUCACGCGUGUGGCAUCUCGGCUUACGAAUCACAGGUUUUGCCUGUAUUGAAUAUGCUGCUCGAAGAUGAAGAUAGGGAUGUUCGAUUUUAUGCCGAAAAGGCUGCCACUGCUUUGGAUGAGACAUUUGCCGCUAUGGAUGCAUUAAUCAAAUAGCAAAGCUGCUCGCAAUUUCACUG